UGCUCACUAGUCUUUAGGAAAGAAACAAUUUUCCUAUUACAAUGGAGUUUUUUAAUUCUGCCUUAGGAAAAAACAUCACUUUUGUGCGGCCUGCUUACUUUAAAAUAGUUGGAUUUAUCGGAAUACCCAAUAUGAAUUAUUACUAUAUCUUUCUCUUUUUUGUCUUCUUUGUUUCAGUGCUAGGAAACACAACUGUAAUGGCUCUGAUUUACCUGGAUCAUAACCUGAGGUCUGGAAAGUAUGUUGCAAUUUUUAACCUUGCCUUUGUGGAUUUGUUGGGUAACACAGCUCUUGUCCCCAAAGUUAUUGAUAUAUUUUUGUUUAACCAUUACUAUAUUUCCUAUGGUGAAUGCCUGACCUUCUAUUUUUUCUGCAACAUCUGCCUUUCAAUGCAGAGUCUUAACCUGGUUGCUCUCUGCUAUGAUCGCCUGAUUGCUAUUUUGUAUCCCCUGCAUUAUCAAGUCAGAGUGACCCCUAAGAUCAUGCUUUCUAUUGUUGCCUUUAUUUGGCUCUGUGUUCUCACUUGCGUUUUAAUUGCAUUAGGUCUAUUGACAAGACUUUCCUUUUGUGACUCUGUGGUUAUAAACAGCUUCUACUGUGACCAUGGCCCAAUGUACAGACUAGCAUGUAAUGAUCAAACUCCAAAUUUAGUCCAUGGAAAUCUGUCAAUAGCUCUUUUUGCUUGGGUUCCUCUUAUAACAAUUAUCUGUAGUUAUAUUUGUAUUGGUCAUACUCUGGCUAAAAUUUCCACAGCUAAAGAAAGAAUCAAAGCCUUUAAAACAUGUACAGCUCAUCUUUCAGCCGUGGCAAUCUUUUUUAUACCAGUGUUAACUGUGUAUAAUAUGAGAGCAAACAUUCAUCCAAAUUACAGAAUCAUAAACCUGUCUUUGACCACCGUCUUUCCUCCCAUGUUAAACCCAAUCAUUUAUGUUCUACAGACACAAGAAAUCAGAACAUCUUUGAAAAAAAUACUCCAAUCUAAGAUGAACUUAAGGGUGGCAUCGAAAUGA